UCUUCAACUGCACAACCAUGGAGGCCCUGGGUACUGGGAGCGACCGCACCUCCCCAGCCUCGGCCACUGGAAGCCUGGACUUGAGGCGGCUGUCCACCUCGCGCACCGACUCGGCCUACAGCUCUUUCUCCGCAGCAUCUGGUGGUCCGGAGAUGCGCACACCGUCCCCUGGCACCGAGCUCCUCCCUUACCUAGACUGGGACUAUGUGCGCGUGGUUUGGGGCAGCCAAUCCCCUACCCCGCAGGACAUUAUCCUUCCAACUACCCAGCGGCCAGAGCCGGUAGUCGCUGAGCACAGUGGUCUGCUGCCCUCAGAGCUCCAAGGAAGCCCGGGAUCCCUGAACAGACAGGAUACCCCGCUCUUGUACGCGCUAGCCUCCGAGGCUGAGGCUACGGCUCGCACCACCGAGCCGCCCAGCCCUCCAGCCUCACGGGACGACUACCGUCAGCGGCUACAGGGUGCGCAGCGGCGAGUGCUGCGGGAGACGUCCUUCCAGCGAAAGGAGCUCCGCAUGAGCCUGCCCGGCCGUCUGAGACCCCUGCUUCCCGCGCGGCCGCCCACGCUGCACGCGCGCUCCGCUUCCAGCAGCCACGAGGGAGGAGAAGUGGAUCCGGCGCGCACCGUGGUCCCCGCGCUGGGUGUAGCUGGCCGGGGGCGUCUGGCCAGCCAGCAGCGAAUGUGCUGUUUCUCCGAGCCAGGCAAACUGCAUCGCGUGGGCUGGAGCGGCGGACCCACUGGCGAGGGCUUGAGGGAGGCUUGUUCCACCCAGGAGUUGCAGCGUGGGGAGCACGCAAAGUCCAAAGGGCUGCAGGAGACUCAAUCCCUAAGCUCAGUGGAGCUGGACUUCCCGUCCGUGAAUCUUGGCAAUGGUUGUAGACCUGUGGGUCGGAGUCAGAGCGUUUCAGGUGUGGUCAUGGGUCCCCGCAGGGGUUCAGGAAGGACGGUGGCUGCCUCUGUUCAGGCUGUUGCUCAAAGGACAGAAACCCCCAGACCAUUACUUCAGAUGAAGCUUUCCAGGGUCUUGACUCAGAAAGAGACUGCGGUGGUGUGUCCUGCAGAGGUCCUCCAGGGCAGCCCAGCUGGCUCUGGUCAGGGGGUCCCUGAGACCUUCAGGGUGUCUACUCCAUGCCCCUCCCUCCCCGAGGACCAUGUGUUCCUGGAAGAAGCAGAGAUACCACCGCCUCAGGAUUCCUGUACCCUCCAGAGGCUCCCAACCAGUAGUUCUUCUAGGGAACUUCAUGCCUCUGACCAACGGAAUGAAAGUGACUUAAGCAAAAAAGCUAGCCAGAUUACAGUCUCAGCAGAGAGUCCCUUUCACGAGGAGGGCUCAGGGACCACAGGAGCUGAUGACAAUUCGGAAGAAGGGAUAAACAGUUCUGUGGGUUUCUCAGGACCUACAAACUGUAGCCCUCCUGGGACUACAAAUGAUGACAUUCCAACCGCUCACACUACGGGACCGCUGACCACCGAUCCCUCUACAGCUACAGAAGAUAACCCCCAAGAGCCUCCCUCAGUCGAUGGACUGCAACCUUUAGUCUCUGAGACCCCAGGACCCCCUCACUACACUUCUCUGACCUGGGGCCAGCCUGCUCCUAAGCCAACCUGGCCUAAUCGGCAUUUUGAGGAGCUGGUUCAGCAGCUGGCCAGACUGGAUCCUUCUUUGAGUGACACUUUUGCUGCCCAGCCUGGUCCAGAGCUACCUCUUGGUCUGCUGGAUGGGCUCUUUCCUGCCACAGAGGUCUGGGCUGCAAUGAGGCCAGCCUGUGAGGCCGCUGGAGAGGAGGCCCCUGGAGCCUCAGAGGCUGGAGCUUCGGAUUCAGGGUCCUCUGGAAGCCACUUUGCCCAGGAACCACCUACUGCUAUGGAGGCAAGAAGAUCGGAAAACACCACCUCUCACUCUGUGCCUGACCAAUCAAAGGGCCAGGGACUCCCAAAACCAAACAGCACUCAGGCCAAGAAAGUGGAGCUAGCCCGCCUCCUCCAAAAGAUGCUCCACGUUCUUCACGCUGAGCAGGAACGACUGCGGGGUAAGUCUGCAGACUGGACCCGAUGUCACGGAGCUCUGGAGGCUGCAGUGAGCCAAGCCUGUACACCCCGGGAGCUGGAGCGAUUCCGUCGGUUCAUGACUGAUUUGGAGCGCGUGCUUGGUCUUCUUCUGCUGCUGGGUAGCCGCCUGGCCCGUGUGAACCUCGCCUUGGCUAAGGCAGGCUCAGAUAGCGACCCCGAUGAGAGGGCCUCGCUAUUGCAGCGACUCCGGCUUCUGCAGCGACAGCAGGAGGACGCCAAAGAGCUGAAGGAGCACGUGGCUAGGCGGGAACAAGCCCUGCGCCAGGUGUUGGAGCGGGAGCUGCCCACAGAGCAUCUGCACUCCUAUUGUGUGCUGCUGGCCGCCAAGGCUAAGAUCCUGUCCCAACAGCGCAGCCUGGAUGACCGAAUCCGGUUCCUUAAGGACCAGCUGGAUACCAUCUGGAGCGACCUCAGUCAUCAUCAUCCCCUUUCUCCCAGACUGUCCUGGGCCCCAGGAAUCCGUCCUCUGGACAAACCACUUUUUCCUGCUACCCCUAUCUAGUUACAGGUAGUGGAGGUGAGGAGUAUUGUCCUAGCCUCAUCCUCAACUGGGGUCAAGCUUUAUAGAGAGAGAGCUUUCCCUUGAGAGAAAAGGGAGGCCUCAGACCAGGCUUUCCCAGGAUACAUUUUCCCACAGUGCUC